UGUUCCAACUGAAUUGGGGUCGCACACCACGUGAUCUCGUGACGUUCUCGCUGAUCACGUGGUGUGCCAGUCAGCUGACUGCCGUCUUCCGGGUUGUCGGUCGGUGUUUACUUUGUGAGCGGCUCCUGUUCGUGAUUUGUGCGGCUGAAGUCGAAGUCAGUGAAGUGUGGAGCGGCCAUGAACGCCUCGGACAGUGACGAGGACUCCUAUAAUGAGAGGACGGCAUUGGUCCCGUCUGAGAAUCCAGUGGUGCCAUCCUACAGACCAGAUUCUGACCUCACGCCUCCCAAUGAUGCCCCGUCCAAAAAGCCUGUGGCGAGCAGGAGGGCGCGUCCGGCUGCUGUGGACAGCGGCGGUGGCGGCGGCUCGGAUCAGGAGGUGGAUGCAGACGAUGAAGAGCUGACUCUGAAGUAUGGAGCCAAGCACGUCAUUAUGCUGUUCAUCCCCGUCACCCUCUGCAUGGUGGUGGUGGUCGCCACCAUCAAGUCGGUCAGCUUCUACACUGAGAAGACCGACCAGCAGCUGAUCUACACACCGUUCACGGAGAACACGGCGUCCGUGGGACGCCGGCUCCUCAACUCCUUCCUCAACACCAUCAUCAUGAUCAGCGUCAUCGUGGUCAUGACCAUCUUCCUGGUCGUCCUCUACAAGUAUCGCUGCUACAAGUUCAUCCACGGCUGGCUCAUCCUGUCCUCCCUCAUGCUGCUCUUCUGGUUCAGCUUCAUGUACCUGGGCGAGGUGUUUAAGACGUACAACCUGGCGGUGGACUACCCAACAGUGGGGGUGAUCAUCUGGAACUUUGGGACGGUGGGGAUGAUCUGUAUCCACUGGAAGGGCCCUCUCCAGCUGCAGCAGGCCUACCUGAUCCUCAUCAGCGCCCUCAUGGCCCUCGUCUUCAUCAAAUACCUUCCCGAGUGGUCGGCCUGGGUCAUCCUGGGAGCCAUCUCCGUCUACGACCUGGUGGCCGUCCUGUCGCCCAAAGGUCCUCUCAGGAUGUUGGUGGAGACGGCUCAGGAACGUAACGAGCCCAUCUUCCCCGCCCUCAUCUACUCCUCUGCCAUGAUGUGGACGGUGGGGAUGGCAAGCCCGGCAGACGCUCAGCGCUCGGGACAUGAAACAGAUGAGGAGGCGGAGCAGAGCAGCAGGGGGGCGGAGCCUGAGAGCCGUCAGUCACAGCCGUUUCCUGAAGACGACCUGGAGGAGGAGGACCGAGGGGUGAAGCUCGGUCUCGGUGAUUUCAUCUUCUACAGCGUUCUGGUUGGAAAAGCCGCAGCGACGGGUGGAGACUGGAACACCACGCUCGCCUGCUUCGUCGCCAUCCUUAUCGGCCUGUGUCUGACUCUGCUGCUGUUGGCCAUCUUUAAGAAAGCUCUGCCGGCGCUGCCCAUCUCCAUCACCUUCGGCCUGGUCUUCUACUUCUCCACAGACUUCCUGGUUCAGCCUUUCAUGGACAACCUGGCUGCUCACCAGUUCUACAUCUGAGAGGCCCCGCCCACCUCACCUGCAGCCUCCUCCCCAUCAUCGUCGUUGUCUUUAUCUUUAUCAUGUCGUCCUGCAGGGCCGCCACCAUCUGUUGAUGUAACGCACAAAGACUUCUUCCUUCUACCACAGGAAGUGAUGUAAUGCAGACAAGAAGCUGGCUGCAGGUUACCUGGUUGUGUCUGUUCACCUGCUGACGAACAGUUUAACGCUAGCUGUGACGUCUGUUUCAGAAACUAGACAGCACCACGGCAGCGUGUGAUAGGCCAAUGCUCCUGUCAGUCAAAGUAAACAAACCUGUAAAGAUUCACUGCAGACGUGAGGUCAUCUGUGACCUCAUCUGUUACAUCCCGUUUUGUUGUAUAACUUCCUUGCCGACUUCAGUAAACACAGGUGAAAGGUCUCUGUCCUGAUUGGUUCCUGUCUAACGUGACACCAGCUGACUGUGAUGUGUUGGUUGGUCUCAUUAACAUGUUAUUAAUAAUUCAGAGUGAUGGCGGCGUGAUGACGCGUUGAACCGAACAAAGAGUGACUGACGCGAGGUGGAGCGCUACACGACAGCAGCGCACCAUCCGACAAACGUCAAAUUAAAAUUGAAUUCCUCCGCUGAUAUUUGAAUAAAUCUAUUUUUAACUUCAGUCCCUGAGAGACGAGAGAGGCUGCAUUUAUAUUUGUGCGUCAGCUCUUCACAGAUCCUACGCCGCAACCUACGCCAUCGUGAGCCUUUAUACUUGUGUGGUGGUGUGUCUUUGUCACUCUGCAGUGACACCUCCAAAACACUAGAUGGUGGUGGAGGACUGUGUGAAGUGCUGUAAAGUUUAGUUGAUUCAAAACACACAUUAACACACAUUAAACACACAUCAAACACAUUAAACACAAAACACAUCAAACACACAUUAAACACACAUCAGACACACAUUAAACACACAUUAAAACACAUUAAACACAAAACACAUCAAACACACAUUAAACACACAUCAGACACACAUUAAACACACAUCAGA